AUGAUUCUUUCACUUUAUCUUUCAGGCCUUUUUCAGGCGAAGGACUUUUUGACCACAUUUUCAUUUUUAUUUCUUCAGAGGAAGACGGUGUCUUGUCUUCUGCCUUACCCCUCACACCUUUCCCAACAGUGGCUGGCGGAGAAGUUACCUUUUCUUCAUUUUUCAUAUUUUUUCCAUGAAUUAAAGGUGGACAGAUCUCUUUUGCCUCGAAAAGGAGAAAAAAUCCCUUUUGCCAGAUCUUUUUCUUCUUUUAAAGUUUGGGAUAUUUCUUUUGCCUCCUCUUUCAGAUCUUUUUCUUCUUUUAAAGUUUGGGAUAUUUCUUUUGCCUCCUCUUUCAGAUCUUUUUCUUCUUUUAAAGUUUGGGAUAUUUCUUUUGCCUCCUCUUUCAGAUCUUUUUCUUCUUUUAAAGUUUGGGAGAUUUCUUUCGCCUCUUCUUUCAGAUCUUUUUCUUCUUUUAAAGUUUGGGAGAUUUCUUUUGCUUCGUCUUUCAGUUCUUUUUCAUCUUUUAAAGGUGGUGAGAUAUAUGAUGCUUCCUUUUUCAGAUCUUUUUCAUUUAAAGGUGGCGAGAUAUCUUUUGCCUGCUCCUUCAGAUCUUUUCCUUCUCUUAAAUAUGGUGAGAUAUAUUUUGACUCUCCGUUCAGAGCUUUUUCUUUUAAAGGUUUUAUGCUCUGUUUUGCAUCUUCUUUCAGAUCUGUUUCAUCUUUCAAAGGUCGAGAGAUCUCCCUUGCCUCCUCUUUCAGAUCUGUUUUUUCUUUUAAAGGUGUCGAGAUAUCUUUUGCCUCCUCUUUCAGAUUAUUUUCUUCUUUUAAAGGUGACGAGAUAUCUUUUGCCUCCUCUUUCAGAUCUGUUUCUUCUUUUAAAGGUGUCGAGGUAUCUUUUGCCUCUUCUUUCAGAUCUGUUUCCUCUUUUAAAGGUGGAGUGAUAUCUUUUGCCUCUUCUUUCAGAUCUGUUUCUUCUUUUAAAGGUGGAGUGAUAUCUUUUGCCUCCUCUUUCAGAUCUGUUUCCUCUUUUAAAGGUGGAGUGAUAUCUUUAGCCUCUUCUUUCAGAUCUGUUUCUUCUUUUAAAGGUGGAGAAAUAUCUUUUGCCUCCACUUUCAGAUCUGUUUCUUCUUUUAAAGGUGGAGAGAUAUCUUUUGCCUCCUCUUUCAGAUCUGUUUCUUCUUUUAAAGGUGGAGUGAUAUAUUUUGCCUCAUCUUUUAAAUCUGUUUCCUCUUUUAAAGGUGGAGAGGUAUCUUUUGCCUCCUCUUUCAGAUCUGUUUCUUCUUUUAAAAGUGGAGUGAUAUGUUUUGCCUCGUCUUUCAGAUCUGUUUCUUCUUUUAAAGGUGGAGUGAUAUCUUUUGCCUCAUCUUUCAGAUCUGUUUCCUGUUUUAAAGGUGGAGCGAUAUCUUUUGCCUCAUCUUUCAGAUCUUUUUCCUCUUUUAAAGGUGGAGAGAUAUCUUUUGCCUCCUCUUUCAGAUCUGUUUCUUCUUUUAAAGGUGGAGUGAUAUCUUUUGCCUCCUCUUUCAGAUCUGUUUCUUCUCUUAAAGGUGGAGUGAUAUCUUUUGCCUCUUCUUUCAGAUCUGUUUCCUCUUUUAAAGGUGGAGAGAUAUCUUUUGCCUCCACUUUCAGAUCUGUUUCUUCUUUUAAAGGUGGAGAGAUAUCUUUUGCCUCGUCUUUCAGAUCUGUUUCUUCUUUUAAAGUUGGAGAGAUAUCUUUUGCCUCUUCUUUCAGAUCUGUUUCUUCUUUUAAAGGUGGAGUGAUAUCUUUUGCCUCGUCUUUCAGAUCUGUUUCUUCUUUUAAAGGUGGAGUGAUAUCUUUUGCCUCGUCUUUCAGAUCUGUUUCUUCUUUUAAAGGUGGAGAGAUAUCUUUUGCCUCCUCUUUCAGAUCUGUUUCUUCUUUUAAAAGAUCUGCUCCUCUUUUCUUCUUUUUUAAAAGUGGAGUGAUAUCUUUUUUGCCUCCUCUUUCAGAUCUGUUUCUUCUUUUAAAGUUGGAGGAUAUCUUUUGCCUCAUCUUUUUCAGAUCUAUCUUUUUUUCCUCUUUUAAAGGUGGGAGAUAUCUUUUGCCUCGUCUUUCAGAUCUGUUUCUUCUUUUAAAAGGUGGAGAGAUAUUCUUUUGCCUCCUCUUUCAGAUCUAUCUGUUUCUUCUUUUAAAAGGUGGAGAGAUAUCUUUUGCCUCCAUCUGUUUUUCGAAUCUGUUUCUUCUUUUUAAAGGUGGAGAGAUAUCUUUUGCCUCCUCUUUUUUCAGAUCUAUCUGUUUCUUCUUUAAAGGUGGGAGGAUAUGUUUGCCCUUCAGAUCUGUUUCUUCUUUUAAAGGUGGAGAGAUAUCUUUUGCCUCCUCUUUCAGAUCUAUCUUCUUCUUUUUAAAGGUGGAGAGAUAUGUUUUGCCUCCUCUUUCAGAUCUGUUUCUUCUUUUAAAGGUGGAGGAUAUCUUUUGCCUCCUCUUUCAGAUCUAUCUGUUUCUUCUUUUAAAGGUGGAGAUAUCUUUUGCCUCGUCUUUCAGAUCUGUUUCUUCUUUUAAAGGUGGAGAGAUAUCUUUUGCCUCCUCUUUCAGAUCUGUUUCUUCUUUUAAAGGUGGAGUGAUAUCUUUUGCCUCAUCUUUCAGGUCUGUUUCUUCUUUUAAAAGGUGGAAUCUGUUUCUUCUUUUAAAGGUGGAGAGAUAUGUUUUGCCUCCUCUUUCAGAUCUGUUUCUUCUUUUAAAGAUGGGAGAGAUAUCUUUGCCUCAUCUUUCAGAUCUAUCUGUUUCUUCUUUUUUAAAGGUGGAGAGAUAUGUUUUGCCUCCUCUUUUUCAGAUCUGUUUCUUCUUUUUUAAAGGUGGAGAAGAUAUCUUUUGCCUCCUCUUUCAGAUCUAUCUGUUUCUUCUUUUAAAGGUGGAGAGAUAUCUUUUUGCCUCCUCUUUCGUAUCUCAUAUCUUUUGCCUCUCUUUUUCUGUUUCUUUUAAAGAUGGAGGAUAUCUUUUGCCUGUCUUUCAGAUCUAUCUGUUUCCUCUUUUUAAAGUUGGAGUGAUAUCUUUUACCUCGUCUUUCAGAUCUGUUUCUUCUUUUAAAGUUGGAGAGAUAUCUUUUGCCUCUUCUUUCAGAUCUGUUUCUUCUUUUAAAGGUGGAGAGAUAUCUUUUGCCUCGUCUUUCAGAUCUGUUUCUUCUUUUAAAGGUGGAGAGAUAUCUUUUGCCUCCUCUUUCAGAUCUGUUUCUUCUUUUAAAGAUGGAGAGAUAUCUUUUGCCUCAUCUUUCAGAUCUGUUUCUUCUUUUAAAGGUGGAGAGAUAUCUUUUGCCUCAUCUUUCAGAUCUGUUUCUUCUUUUAAAGGUGGAGUGAUAUCUUUUGCCUUUCGAAUCUGUUUUUCAGAUCUCGUCUUUCUUCUUUUAAAGGUGGAGAGAUAUCUUUUGCCUCUUCUUUCAGAUCUGUUUCUUCUUUUAAAGAUGGAGAGAUAUCUUUUUGCCUCUUCUUUUUUCAGAUCUGUUUCUUCUUUUAAAGAUGGAGAGAUAUCGAAUCUAUCUGCUUCUUCUUUUAAAGGUGGAGAGAUAUCUUUUGCCUCCUCUUUCAGAUCUGUUUCUUCUUUUAAAGAUGGAGAGAUAUCUUUUGCCUCAUCUUUCAGAUCUGUUUCUUCUUUUAAAGUUGGAGAGAUAUCUUUUGCCUCCUCUUUCAGAUCUGUUUCUUCUUUUAAAGGUGGAGAGAUAUCUUUUGCCUCGUCUUUCAGAUCUGUUUCUUCUUUUAAAGGUGGAGUGAUAUCUUUUGCCUCGUCUUUCAGAUCUGCUUCUUCUUUUAAAGGUGGAGAGAUAUCUUUUUGCCUCUUCUUUCAGAUCUAUCUGUUUCUUCUUUUAAAGGUGGAGAGAUAUCUUUUGCCUCCUCUUUCAGAUCUAUCUGCUUCUUCUUUUAAAGGUGGAGAGAUAUCUUUUGCCUCCUCUUUCAGAUCUGUUUCUUCUUUUAAAGAUGGAGAGAUAUCUUUUGCCUCAUCUUUCAGAUCUGUUUCUUCUUUUAAAGGUGGAGAGAUAUCUUUUGCCUCCUCUUUCAGAUCUGUUUCUUCUUUUAAAGGUGGAGUGAUAUCUUUUGCCUCAUCUUUCAGAUCUGUUUCUUCUUUUAAAAGUGGAGUGAUAUGUUUUGCCUCCUCUUUCAGAUCUGUUUCUUCUUUUAAAGAUGGAGAGAUAUCUUUUGCCUCAUCUUUCAGAUCUGUUUCCUCUUUUAAAGGUGGAGUAAUAUCUUUUGCCUCAUCUUUCAGAUCUGUUUCCUCUUUUAAAGUUGGAAAGAUAUCUUUUGCCUCGUCUUUCAGAUCUGUUUCCUCUUUUAAAGGUGGAGUGAUAUCUUUUGCCUCUUCUUUCAGAUCUGUUUCUUCUUUUAAUGGUGUCGAGAUUACUUUUGCCUCUUCUUUCAGAUCUGUGGAGAGAUAUCUUUUGCCUCUUCUUUCAGAUCUGUUUCUUCUUUUAAAGCUGUCGAGAUAUCUUUUGCCUCAUCUUUCAGAUCAUUUUCUUCUUUUAAAGUCUGGGUGCUGUCUUUUGCCUCUUCUUUCGUAUCUUCUUGUUUUAAAGGUGGCGUGGUGUCUUUCGCCUCCGCUUUCAUAUCUUUUCCUUUUAAAAUCUUUUUCUUCUUUUAAAUGUGGGGAGAUAUAUUUUACCUCUUCUUUCAGAUCCUUUUCUUCUUUUAAAGGUGGCGAGAUCACUUUAUCGUUAUCUUUUAAAGGUGGCGAGAUAUCUCUUUCCACCACUUUAAGAUCUUCUUUUAAAUGUUGGGUGAUCUCUUUCGCCUCUUCUUUCAGAUCUUUCUCUUCUUUUAAAGGUGGCGUGAUAUCUGUUACGGCUUCUUUCAAUCUUUUCCUUCUUUUAAACGUGGCGAGAUCUCUUUUGUCUCUUCUUUCGGAUCUUUUUCUGCUUUUAAAGGUGGCGAGAUAUCCGUUGUCUCCUCUUUUUGGUCUUUUUCCUCUUUUAAAGGCUCAGGCAUCUUUUUUGCUUCUACCUUCAGAUUCUUUUCUUCGUUGA